AUGGCAGCUCGUGAAAAUAUUUUGCAGUUUUAUCCAGAUAUCCCUGAAGACGUACUAGGAGGUCUUAAUGCAGCCGUAACCCAAAUGACGUGGCGAAAUGAAAAUCUUUUCCACGUCCAUUAUUUGGUCGUCGUUUCACGAGAGAAUGCAAUCGGUACUACUUUUUUGGUAAGAUCAAUGUCCUUGAAAAGAUGGUUAAUUGGAGAUUUUUCAGUGUUUGAUCUCGUGAUCUUAGAAGGAAACCCGGAAGCACUGGUCUCCAAAUUUUCUGAAGCUACCUGUUCAACGAUCAACACUGUUGUUUCAUUAAGGGAGUAG